AAGUAGUGAUAGGCAACCGAAGACGCAAAUGACAAGAGAAAAGGAUGGAUUAAUGGUGAGACAAUAACUCCCUCUGUUUUAAAGACCCUCCUAUUCUCCCUCCCCCGAUCACCUCCCUCCCUCCCCUCCCCUCUGCUCUUAGUGCCAGAAUUUCUCCAGGCACAGAGACAGUCAACUUCAACUUCACAGCAGAGUAGCAGAGCCUAUCACGUCUCUACAGGAGCAAACAGUAACACACACACACCCCUGCGGACCUGUCCCAACUUACACAAAUAUUUCAGGAGAUCCGACAAGAGAGAGACUGUUCUUCAGUGUCCAACCAGCCAAGGUGAGCUGUUCCUGUCCCAAGAAGAAACAACAGGUGCAUUGAGUCAGAGAUAGUGCCAUGAGGUGAUCGCUCAAUAAAACGGACAAGUCUUUCCCAGCCCCUUCUCAUCUGUAGGCAUGGGGCUCUGUGAGCAGUCGAGAUGCUGGAGGUGUCAGGGCGGUGCAGGAGCCUUCAGAGCUGCAGUAGGAGUGCUGCUCCUGGGCUUCAGCCUGGCUCAGUCCACCGUUCCCCAGCCUCAGUGUCCUAAAGGUGUGGCGCCACACAGUCUCAACCAGCCCCAUUACCUCAACAACUCUGCCGUGGAUACUGGCGUGGGCUUCAUGAAAGAUAUCGUCCAGUCCUUCCUCCACACGGUCCAGCCUAACCCUUUCCCUCAAGAUCUGCUCCUGACAUUUGUGAAGGAUUUUAACCAAGCACAGUCAGAUCAAAACAUCAUCAAAGAAGCCCUACAAUAUGAGGUUGGCUUCUUGGUGUGUGCAGCUAUAGGCAUCAUUUACAUUGUCCUGAUGCCCUUAGUUGGUUUCUUCCUGGCAUGCUGUCGCUGCUGUGGCAACUGCGGUGGGAAGAUGCACCAAGAGCAGACGUCUGGCAUGCACUGUCGCAGAAGAGCACUCUACUGGAGCACAUUUAUCACCACACUCAUAAUUCUCGCAGGAAACAUCUGUAUGUUCAAAAGUAAUGAGGCCCUCAAAGUGAGUGUGGACAAGAGUGCCGAGGAUCUCAACAUUACUAUAGACAACCUGCACAUCUUCCUCGGUGCUGUGCCUCAGCAAUUUGACCGUGUGGUGAAUGAGAGCUACAAAACCGUACAUGAGGUUAGCGAAAAUCUAAAUGAUAUUGGCCCACAGCUUGGCAGAGAGAUCCAGCAAAGCUUUAAAGGAACAGUAGAUCCAGCUUUGAGCUCAGUUAGAGCUAUGGACCAAGAGACUAUCAGCACCAGUAAUCAACUGAGGGAGUUGAAUUCAUCUCUGGCCCGUUUACAGUCCAGUGUAAACCUCCUCCAGGCGAACGUCAGUGAUGUGAAAAAUCGCAUCAACCGGACCAGCCUUAAUCCGAACUGCAUAAACUGUGGUUCCUUGCAGCCAGAGUUACAGAAACUAACGCUGGACACCACCAUCACUACUUCCAGUCUGACGGAACUUCAGUCAGGAGUGGAUGAAGUCAUUAAGGCUGAUCUCAAAUCCCAAAUCAGGAAGGUGGAGGACUAUUUCAGCAGCAUUCCCCAGAGGGUGACUAAUGAUACCAAGGACGUAGUUCAGAGUACAAAGCAGCAGCUGGAGGAGAUAAAAACCCAGAUCUCCCAGGUGAAGAAUGACAUCCCUCUAUCUGCUCUGAGCAACGUGUCAGACAGACUGGAUCAGCUGCAGAGAGAAAUCGGCACAGUCACCCCAACGGUCGAUACAGCAGAAUACAUCAGAUGGACUGUGUGUGUGGCCUUGUGCUGUGUGGUCCUCCUGGUGGUGGUGUGUAACAUCCUGGGCCUCCUCCUGGGCCCCCUGGGGCUGAAACCAAAAGCAGACCCUGCAGAUCGCUCCUGUACAGCAAACUGCGGAGGCACCUUCCUCAUGAUGGGUGCCGGCUUCAGCUUCCUGUUCGGCUGGCUCUUCAUGAUAGUGGUGCUGCUGCUAUUCCUGUUAGGUGGGAACGUUUACACACUCGUCUGCCAGCCCUGGGACAACGGAGAGUUGCUAAAGUUCAUUGAUACUGAAGGUGUAAUUCCAGGAUUUCAAUUAGGCCCGAUGUUGGGACUGAAAUCAAACCUCACACUCACCGAUAUUUACAGUGACUGUGAGAAAAACAGGCCUCUGUGGUCGACACUUCGCCUGUAUGAGCUCGUUGACCUUGAAGACCUGCUCAAUGUGUCUAAAUACACAGAGGAUAUCCAGCAGCACUUUGAGAAUACUGACAUUACCCUGUCCACCAUCACUUUUCUGAGCCCUGAUGUUCAAAACCAGCUCAGCAGUUUCUCUGCCAAGGCUGACGGCGCUGACUUCACUGGUGUCACACAGCAGAUCAACAACAUUUCCAGCAUUAAUCUAAAUACGACGGCAGAUAAACUUGAAGAGCUUGCUACUGUUCAAACAAACGAUGGAAUUAAGGCAGAGUUGAGAGCUGAGGCGAGGGACCUGAGACAGAUCCAGACCAACAUAGAAAUAACCAUCAUCCCACAGCUGAAUCAGCUCAGUGCAGCCAUAGAGAGUCUUCGAUCCACAGCGGAAAAAAUCAAUGGAACAGUGGGGGAGGUGCUGAGCAACGUGGGAGCAGCACAAGACUUCCUGAACACAAACACAACGCAGAUUGUCAAGAGUGAAAGCAGAGAGUUCUUGGACUGUCAGAUGGGAUACUUCACUGCAUUUGCUGACUGGGCCAAUGGGACGAUCACGCAGCAGAUAGGCCGCUGUGGGCCGGUGUCGGGAGCCGUGGACUCAGCAGAGAUCAUCAUCUGCUCACACAUGGUGGAGUCUCUGAAUGCAUUCUGGUUCAGUCUGGGCUGGUGUCUGAUCUUCUUCAUCCCCAGCAUUAUCUUCUCUAUCAAACUGGCCAAGUAUUACCGGAGAAUGGACUCCUCUGAUGUCUAUGACAACCACAUAAUCAUGAACCACAUCCCACGGGCCCAGAUGAAACCCUACUGAGAGGGGAGGAGAAGACUGAGAGUGUGUGUUACUGUUUUACAAGACUACAGAUGUAACAGCGUCAUCUCUGAAUGAAAAAUAAUAAUAAUUUUUAAAAAACCACGUCCGUGACUACACAGAAUGAAACUGAAACUUGGAAUUACUGCCUAUUCAUGUUCUCACCUCAGCGGGGAGAAACAACGCCAUUUCCUUAACAACUGGAGUAUACACACAUUACAUGCACACACACACACACACACACACAAAUCUCUGAAUUUAUCUCAGGGGUAACGCAGGGCAUAAGGGAAUCUGCAGGGAAUUUGACACAUCAUUUCAAAUAUACAUUUUUGCGUUGAUUUUACUAAAAUUUUUGUACCUGCGUAAUAAAUGGACUGAACUGCUGCUGUGUUCUGAGAACAAUGCAUAUUUUAUAUUUCAAACUGUUAAGCUGCUUUGUGUAAAAUGGUCACGAUCACACUGAUGCACACACACACUGCCGCAGUCUUUCUGCAUUUAGUGCUUCAUGAAUGUAGCGAUAGGCCGAUGUAAUUGUGCCAAUAGGCAUUUGUAAUGUGUCAGUCUCUUUCCAUUCCUGGCAGUGGUUUAAUCCUUCCUGUCGGCUGUGCCAACAGGAAACACAUUUAAAUGAAUCCCUAAAUUAUACUUGGCACUUGUAAUGGAAACCCUUGUACCAUAUCGCCAUAUACUGUGUAUCAAACAUUUCAUGAAACGGCUACACUUCCUGUUUAAUUUUGCCAUGAAACUGGUGUCACUGUAUCAUUUUUAUAGUGUUUUUUAUU